CAGGCGACGCGCAGGCGCAGUAAGGUAAUGGUAGCACGCAUGCGCGUCGGGUGGAGGUGGAGCAUGCGCAGUGCUGCGCCCGCCCUAGCUGAGGGGAGCGUCGCGGUGCCCGAUACUUCAAGUUAGAAGAAGUCUAACAAACAGAUCACAGCCUCCCAGAAUGGCAGACCAGAAGCGCCUUGCCUAUUCCAUCAUCCAGUUCUUACAUGACCAGCUACAGAAUGGGGGUCUUUCUCCAGAUGCUCAGGAGAGUUUGGAAGUGGCGAUCCAGUGCCUGGAGACAGCUUUUGGAGUCUCCCUGGAAGACCAAGGCCUAGCUGUGUCCCAGACUCUUCCUGAAAUAUUUGAAGCUGCUGCAGGAAAGGAGCCUGAACACAUCAGAGCAAACUCGGAGCCAGUCACCCCCUCUGAAGAUGACAUAGCUGAAGCUGAAAGGCUCAAGACUGAAGGAAAUGAACAGAUGAAGGCAGAGAACUUUGAAGCUGCUGUGUCUUUCUAUGGAAAAGCAAUUGAGCUGAAUCCAUCCAAUGCUGUGUAUUUUUGCAACAGAGCUGCUGCGUACAGUAAAUUAGGAAAUUAUGCUGGAGCAGUCAGAGACUGUGAAAGAGCAAUAGGCAUUGAUCCAAACUACAGCAAAGCUUACGGCAGAAUGGGCUUGGCCCUCUCCAGUUUAAAUAAACACACAGAAGCUGUUGUCUACUACAAAAAAGCCCUGGAGCUUGAUCCAGACAACGACACCUACAAAUCCAACCUAAAAAUAGCUGAACAGAAAAUGAAGGAGACUCCUAGUCCAACCGGAGGUCCCGGAGGAUUCGAUUUAGCUGGCUUGCUGAACAACCCCGGCUUCAUGAGUAUGGCAUCUAACCUAAUGAACAAUCCACAAGUACAACAGCUCAUGUCUGGGAUGAUUUCUGGUGGCCAUAACCCCAUGGGAGCAGCAGGCACCAGCCCCUCCACAAAUGAUCUUGCCAGCCUGAUCCAAGCGGGCCAGCAGUUUGCACAGCAGAUGCAGCAGCAGAACCCUGAACUAAUAGAGCAGCUACGAAGCCAGAUCAGGAGUCGAACUCCAAGUGCCAGCAAUGAAGAUCAGCAGGAAUGAGCAUUACAGCGCAGUCCGUGGGAACUAUGUUCUUUGCUUUAAAAACUGGAAGCCAUGUGCGUGUUGCCAUUUCUUGAAUUUGGAAGUGUCCAAGAGGGGGAAUAAAAAUGAAAAGGAAAAAAAAAAACAGAAAACAACAAACACAAAAUACUUUCUAUGACCUGCAUGUUCAAGGCAGAUUCACGCUUUCUUUCCCUAGUCUUCGUCCUGCUCCUCCCCCUCCACCUUUCCAUUAGUUUUCUUCUGGAAGAUCCAGCGAGCUGAACACAAACCAGCACCAACAGUCUUUCUAAAGAAACUCAGAGAUUAACGGCACUGUUACAUUUCUAUGUUAUUUGCUACAUGGGAAUUUUUUAACCCGUUUUUGAAGAACAAUGCACUCUUCACCACAGGACGUCUUCAAUUCCCUGCCCACAUGCCACUUCAGAGAAGUGUUCAAGCCCAACCCCCAUCCCAAUCCCCUUCAUCUUCCUGCCAGUUACAAGACGGUAGUGUCUGAACACUCUGGAGAUCACUGGAUCUUCUUGCCUCCAGGCACAGGGUUUCUGUUGAUUAGAUUCACCGUGUUUCUCAUUCAGGUCUGUUGCAACGUUGCCGGUGUUGUUAAUACACGGGAUUUGGUGACUGCCUCUCAAAGGUCGGUGUAAAUGUGUCGGGGGGGCUGGGACUGAUCAGGUAGAACGUGCUCCUUUGUGACUACUCCUUUAGAGCGAGCGUUUCCAGAUCCACUGCUCGGGGUCCGUCCCCAGUCCUGACAAAACUCGUCUAGUGUUUAGUAAUUAUUGUCGGAAUGAUCCAAUCUGUGAACUAGUCAGGUGGACAGUAAGAAAGAUAUAAUGUUUUUGGUGUUUCAAAGGUUUUUCUUUGCUUUUUUUUUUUUCAUUUGUCUUUUAUGCAUGUAAGUAAUCAACCCAGUUGACCGUGCUGAUGAUAGGAGUAGAGAGGGUGCUUGAGUAGAGAGCGGGAAGAAUAAAAAUGCUCCUUGGAUAGAAAGAGACUGAGGGGCUGCUGGUUCAGUGCGGGGGCCUGGCGGAGUGUGGGAGGAGGGAGAAGGUUCUUGGUGCUGAGUACCCGCAGAUUCCCACCCGCUGGAGCUGCCCGUGUCGUUCCUGGGUGCACGGGAAGCUCUGGCCAGUUCCCCUGCAAGUCACUAGAUAAGGAUGGAGACUUUGGUAUCAGCCUCGGGGCUGUUUUUAAGGUAGUUCCUCCGUGGUGGUGGGAAAGGCGUGUGUGUGCCUGGCCCUGUUGCUGGGAGAUGGGUGGGUGGGAGAUGGAGGAUGCCCGUAGAGGAGACCUGGUGGUACGAAUGAGCAGGUAUAUAUUUGAAGAUUAAUAUCAAGGAAAAAAAAAACAAAAAAAACAAAAAAAGAUUUGUAAAUGCUCCAUGAAGUAAUAUGUGGUUCAUGUAACUUGUGAAGAAUAAACUAUUUGGACACUCUUUGCUA